UAGGGGAAGCGGAAGUGUCAGAACAGGCGGAAGUGGUACUGCCCUGAAUACCCCGAGCUGCAGCAGAGGACGGCUUGACAAACUCCAAUCGUUCAAAGAAUAAAAUCGGGAUUCCUUGUACGUUUUAAAUCCUAAAACAUGGAUAAGAACGACCUGGUGCAGAAAGCCAAGCUGGCAGAGCAGGCCGAGCGCUACGACGACAUGGCAGCUGCCAUGAAGGCCGUGACAGAGCAGGGCUCGGAGCUCAGCAACGAGGAGCGCAACCUGCUCUCUGUCGCCUACAAGAAUGUGGUGGGGGCCCGUCGUUCAUCCUGGCGUGUCAUCUCCAGCAUUGAGCAGAAGACGGAGGGGAACGAGAAGAAACAGCAGAUGGCCCGCGAUUACCGUGUGAAGAUUGAGAAGGAACUCCAAGAAAUCUGCCACGACGUGCUGAAUCUGCUCGACACAUUCCUCAUUACCAACGCAUCUCAGCCGGAGAGCAAGGUGUUCUACCUCAAAAUGAAAGGAGACUACUACAGAUACCUGUCAGAGGUGGCCUCUGGGGAUCAGAAGAAGGACACGGUGGACAACUCUCAGCAGGCCUACCAGAAGGCCUUCGACAUCAGCAAGAAGGACAUGCAGCCAACACACCCCAUCCGGCUGGGUUUGGCCCUCAACUUCUCCGUCUUCUACUAUGAAAUCCUCAACUCGCCUGAGCAGGCCUGCUCUCUGGCCAAGCAGGCUUUCGACGAGGCGAUCGCUGAGCUCGACACCUUGAACGAGGACUCGUACAAAGACAGCACGCUGAUCAUGCAGCUACUAAGGGACAACCUCACUCUGUGGACAUCAGAAACGACAGACGAGCCUGAAGUCGGCAAUGAGGACAACUAGAACGCACUUCACUGUCAGCCCAUCCCCACUCUCCUCCUCCGCCUUUCUCUUCCUUCUCUUCUUCCUCUCUUCGUACACAUAAACAGCCCGUUCAUUCCCUUGUUCCAGUUUUUCAAGCCCAGUCUCCCGACUUCCCUUCUGUAUAACCAGCAGCAUGAAUAGUACCAGACCUUCACCAACAACUUUAAAAAACAAAAAAAAAAACAGAAGAGGGAAAAGAGAUCCUACUCCAUCACCCCACAGUCCCCCCCGUCCCUCCCGCCCUCCACCUCUUGAUCAUGGCACUCCAAGGCAGACUGAAGCCGCUGGCCAGUCUGGUCCUCUAGCACGCAGAGUUUUUAUCCUAAACCUCAAGAUAAAUUCCUGGUUUUAGAGGCCAACCCCGUUUUUCCCCUUGUUUAAUCUCUCUCCUCCAUUCUUUCCACCCCCCACCCCCCGCACCUCUUUCUCCUUGCUUAACAUCUCAGUGCAUUCUCUCCUCCCUCUUUUCUCUCUAGUGAGUUGUCCAUCCCUUCUCUUUUGGCUUUUCUUAGUGUACUAGCAAAUUGCUGGUUUUAUUCCACUUUAAACAAAACAAAAAAGGUUAUUAAACUGUCCAUUUAUUUUCAACAAACACUGUGAUGUUUAGUUUUUCCUCCACUUUGCCACCAGAACCAGUAUUCAGCUGUGUUUCAAACAAUAGUGCCAUUCUGCUGAGGUUUAUACAGAAGGGUCCUCCUACAAGGCUGUAUUGUGACACUGACAGAUCUACCUGCUGCGCAGUCAAACACUCACCGUUCUAAUUUUCCUUUCUGGCCAGGACCCAGAGUUUGGUUUAACUCCAUUCUGCAUACUUCUAGUUCGGAGCUUAAAAGAAACCAGAUUUGGAAGAAUAUGAUUAGAAAAAAGAAACAUUCCAUCUUAAUGUUCAAAAGCAUUUUAGAUAUUUACCACAACAAAAUAACUUAAACCACAAAAUACCUUAAACCACGUGUUCACUUCCCUUUGCAUUUUAUUUUUAUUUUGUGUGUAACAAAUCAAACUUUCAGUUUUUUUUUUUUCCUUUUUUUGGGAAACUGUAAAAUUGUAAAACACUUGGCGUGUAACUGUAAAUCUGUCUUUUGGAAAACAAAAUGGUUUGUUGAUGAUUAACACCUGUUGCACAGAA